UUUUUGACAACAAUUAUCCUCAUCUGAAGCAAUGUUACCGUGAAAGAUUGAUUCCAGUACUCACGAGUCACGACACUGUAUGAUGAAACUUCUGAUGGUAGCUUACUGAAGAAAAAGACGGCAAUGAGCGAAGAGGAUAUAACAAGAGGCCAUGAACUUUAUUUGAGACAUCUUUUACUAUUGGAACAAGCUGCUCCUGAAUCUUUAAAGGCUGUUAUAGAAAGAGAAGUCAGUAAACGCGGUAAAAGCCUAGCAUAUAUAUUAGCUGAGCGCAAAGACACAUUCAACAAGUAUCACAAUGCAGAAUUUCGUCAGUUGUUUAAAGGUGAAGAGGCCAUUACAGACAUUGAUUUGUGGGACACAGUCGUGCUUUGUACUAUAGUGCAGGUCUUGUUCGAUUCACACUUAGCUACUGUUGAGCGUGAAGCAAUAAAAAUUAUAAAAGACCAAAGGAAUAACUUAGAUUCUUAUGCCCACUCUGCUUCAAUCAAUUACAAAACAUUUGAGGAAAAAUGGGAUCCGUUGAAUUCGGCAUUGCUAGAGCUUAUUACGGGUAUUCAUGACGAGAAAAGAAAAUUUGAGUGCACUCGAAUGAUUCAUUCAUUUAAAUCAGAACAUAUAAGAGUUAGUUUAGAUCUAAUAAAAAGAAUAAAACAGACGAAUGAUGUCAAAGUGCAUCUUCAGAUGGUCAUACAAGACAAAGUAGCUCCAAAGAUACACGGCGAUAUGGAUGAAACAUGUGACAAAGACGAAAAAGACGACCAUAAAAAUCCAGUAUUCACAGAAUCUCUUCGAGACAUGUUAGUUUAUGUCGGUGAUCCAGCUAUUCUUACAUGUAAACUCAACGUUCCUGAGAACGCAGUCACAUGGCGACAUGAUUACAAACUGGUAGAACAAACAGAGACCCUGAAGUUUCUUACUGACAGAUGUGCACAUUGGUUGGCAAUUUCCUGCGCGGAGUUGUCAGAUACAGGAGAAUAUUCUUGUUGUUGUGGCAGAUCUUCAACUAAAAGUUUCCUCCAGGUUUUAGAAAAGCGUUUGAAGAUUGUAAAGGAUCUACAUGUCGCUACCAUCGAACCAGAUGUCAGAGAGAACAUGGAUAUUGUUCUUAUUUGUAAGGUCAACCUACAUACGAGUACAGUGGUCUGGCGACAAAAUGGCGAUGAAAUAAUAUCAUGUAACAGACGUCUAUCCUCAGUUAAUGUAUUAGAACAUAGACUGACUAUCAAGAAAGCACAGUUUGAGGAUGAGGGUGAUUACACAGUUCACUUUGGAAGUGUUUCGUCAUGUGCAAAAUUAGUAAUAAAAGGUACUUCUAUGCUUGCAUAAAACCAUAAAAUUUCCGUUUGGACCAAUUUUAUUCUGAACCGCAUGCCUCGAAAAUCGAAAUCACGAAACUACGAUGAUGAAAGUCGA